AUGUCACGUCGAAGAUCGUCCAUUGGAACCUGGCUCAUUGAUGUCGUGGCUGGUGGUGGGGCUGCCUCGCUCAAGUUUGAAGACACACAAGGCUCGUUCAAGUUCCGUUCACGAGUGGAUGCUACAUUUUGUCCGACGUUGCGGGAUGUAUCGCAAUGCGUACCUUACAAUGGAUCGUGGUGGCAGGCGCUAGACACGAAUGGCAACCAUAGCUGCCGUGCGAACUGUGUUGCAAGAGUCGAAGACACGUCCGACGUGAAGUGCGGGUUCACCGGCGCUGAUGAAAGAUGCGAAAACAUUGCCGUGCAUGACGCAGCUGGCUCGAUUCGAGAUGUGCUGGGUUGA